CACUGCCCCAUCGCUCUCCCUCCCCUCUGCUACCCUUCUUCCUCUCUGCUAUCCUCCUUCCGCUAGCCUCCCCCUCCCCGCGCAGGCAGCCUGUCUGCGUCUGCCAUCAUGGCUCAGCCCGUAGUGCAGACAAUCCAUCGGGAUCCCGCCCUCUUCUGGUGGAUUCUACUGCCCAUCACAGUGGUCAUGGUCCUGACGGGCAUCCUUCGCCAUUACGCCAUGAUCCUGCUCCAGAGCGCGCCCAAGAAGCAGGCGCUCCCCCAGAUCCGCCAGCAGCGCUCUCUUGUGCGCGGCAUUAACCUCCGUGCGAACGCAAAUGUAUUGUCGCCGAUCUCGUUCCAGGCAAGGAAGGCGUACAUGGUGUCCGCAUAUCAGGAAGGAAAGUUUCUAGCCGACCCCGAAGGGAGGGGCAAGCCCCGUCCGAAUCCUAUGUCCGACCCGGCCGCCAUGGAAGGAAUCAUGGGCAUGAUGAAGGGCAAUAUGGCCAUGAUGGUCCCCCAAACCCUGAUCAUGGGCUGGAUCAACGCAUUUUUCUCAGGCUUCGUGAUAAUGAAACUUCCCUUUCCAUUGACGCCACAAUUCAAAUCCAUGCUGCAGUCUGGGGUUGGGACUCGCGAUCUGGACGUGCGGUGGGUCUCCAGUUUAUCGUGGUACUUUCUCACAUUGUUUGGGCUCCAGCCCGUCUACAAUUUCAUCCUGGGAAGCAACAAUUCCGCAAAUCAGGUCACCCAGCAGAUGGGGCAAAUGAAUCCAGGGGCAGGCAUGAUGGGCCCCGAGCAGGACCCCGACAAGCUGUUCUUGAACGAAGCCGAGAACCUCGAGGUCAUGGAGCAUCGGUGGAUUCUAGAGGGUGUUGAGGACCGCCUACUGGCCAAGUUCGCAAUAUGAGGGAGAUGAGCUCAUUCUCCAAGUGUCACGGGUGUUUGGUGGACGGCAACGGACGGGCCCCACCAGAAAACAUAACCCUGGUGCCCUGAAUGCUGACAAGUAUCAUCCCGCGCUCUUGCGGUGCCUGAUCCGCGCUGCCGGCCAAAGAUAGCCAAAUUCUAUGACAGAUCUUAUAUGUACACCAGUUCGGUCCUCCCGUCCCA